GACCAGUUAGUAGGGUGCCGUGCACAAGUCAGUUGGAGGUACCCCCUCGCAAUUUAGCACGUGCAAGGCCCACCCUCUCGCUCGCUCCGUUAGUCGCCCCAAAAGGCGUUAUACUGGUGUUAACAUUUGAAUGAAACAUAUUGUUCAUCAUUCCAAUGUUCAGUGUCUGUCGCACCCGUUACAAAACAUUGUUUUUUUUUCAAAUAUCGUAGUACCUGAGAAGUAAAUCUAAAUGGUUUUGAUCCCUUUCAAGGUCCUUCAAAUCCUCCAGAGGCGUCUCCGCUUUUUUUCAAAUAUGGUGGUAAAACCAUAUCCAACGCCCGCGAUAGAGCUGAGUGGCUCAGUCGAGUCUUUGCUGAAAAGUUUUCUGAUCCGCGGGUGGACAACUAUCCGGGAGCAGCAUGCUAUGAGGUUGACAAUUUAUCGACUUUAUAAGUGUCUGAUGAUGCCAUUCUACAUAGGAAUCUUGCUUUCCUUAACCCUCGCACAACGGGGGGGGGGGGGCGAACACUCCUGAUGUUUUAUGCAUAGCUGUUCGGGCAACUGUUCCGCAACUUUCUUGAUAAUUUUAGGUUCAGAUCAACAAACGUCAGGUACCAGGCCAGGUCAAGUGACCCCACCUCUGAAAAAAAAACUUUCCAAUCGAGUCACGGCCACAGUACUUGAGAGAAAGAUAUGAAACUUUCAGGAUUUGGUAUACUACCAAGUACCUACAAAUUUUAUAUCCCGGAUUUUUUUUUUUAUCGGUAACCCAUGGUCAGGUCAAUUUCCUGACCUCUCCAUUCAAUGGGAAAAAACUCAAAUACCUCAAAUACUUAUCAGAUAUGCUCAAAUCAUUCAGAACCAUGCUCAUUUGGGCUACUGUUGAUGACCUAGAUGCAACUUUGCAUAUGGGACCCCCGGAAAAGGUCGUUUGAGGUUAACCCGCGCCCUGCUGGGGGGGGGGGUGUUUGCACACCCCCCUUGUGGUUUUUCGCGAAUAUCUCAAAAACGGCGGCGCCGUUUUUGGUACACCUUAUCAUACAUCAAUUCUACACAUGUUGUGAAAAUUUCAGACCAAGGUCAUUCAAGUUCAGGUCACCAGGUCACUUGAAGUGACCUCACCUCAUAAAAAGUUUCAAUGUCUGUCAUAGCUACACCGAGUGACCGAUCGCUUUGAAACUUUCAGCGAUUGCUAAGAGCAAUAGCAUGUACAAAAUGUAUAUCUCAGAAUUUUGAUAUCUAUGACCUAAGGUCAGGUCAAUUUUGCGACCUCCCCAUUAUAAGUGAAUGGGAGAAAAUUGAAAUGCGCCUCUUUUGGACGAAAGACAUUAUAAACACUUCCAAAUACUGAAUUACAAUUGGUUUAGACACACUGAACAUGAAAAUGGUGUCCGUGACCCCUGUUUAUGCCCUGAGGUCAUCUUAGGUCACGAAUGGUGUCUAACAGUUUUUCGCAAAUAACUUUUGAUAGAGGCAUGCUAGAGCGAUGAAAACGCCUUAGAUGUGUUCAGCUCGACGAUACAGAUCGACUGAUAUGCAACAUGACCCUUUCCGGUCAGGUAAUGACCUUGACCUGAGGUCAAAUUUUCAAGUUGACCUUUCAAGGUCAAGUUAUAGUUCAUUCAAUGCGUCUUGACGAGAGGAACACGAUGCCGGUAAAAGUAAGCUCGUACAAGGCUUGGGUCAAAAGUUAUUGCAGAAAAACUGUUUCCGAAAAAAAUCGGCUAUUUUUGCAGUUUUUGCCCCCUGCAGGCAAAACCGUUGACGUUAGGUCAAAUCUGAGAAAAUUGCUCAGAAAGGGCGUUAAUAGGGCUAUUGAAUGCGCUUUUCCGCGGCCCUGUAGCUCUAUCGGUUCCCGAGUUAUGCGCUGGCUUCUUGGAAAUUGUUGACAUUCGACCUGAAAAUCGGCGAAAUUUUGCCUUCAAUGACCUCUGGUGACCUGACCUUUGACCUGACCAAAAAAUUGACCGAAAUAAUUUCCUCAUUAUUUUUGACGCUCUUUCGAACGCCGCCUUCCGCGUAUCGCUACGUGGCCCAGGAGUCGAGUUAGAAGGGGGGGUGUUCAAACACCCCCCCAGCAGGGCGUGGAAAUCCAGGACCCCCAGCCGGGCGCGGGUUAAAUAAUGUCAUGAGAUCAAUGUACGUUUUUGCUUAUAACUUUUGAUUGGAAUGAGAUAGAGACCUCAGGUAGGUUUAAAAAUGUUCCCCUUGUCCAGACGCAUCAAAUGGUAUGCAACAUGACCUAGUUAGUAGUUACGUCACCUUUUGACCUUGACCUGAGGUAAAAAAUGAAGUUGACCUUUUCAGGUCAUUGUACUGACCUGGUGACCUGACCUUGCUUGUCCGGGACGAGCCGGUAGUUAAUUGUGUGCAUACACGAUGGGUGCACCUUGGGUAGCAUAGUCCUAAAAUUUUCAGGAAAGUUGCGGAACAGUUGUCCGAACAGCCAAGCAAAAACCCUAAGGGGGUGUUCAACCCCCCUAGUUGGGGGCGGGUUAAUUUUUUCAUUGUGUUCCUUUUCUAGAGUCCUGGAUCUGGGUCUCCUGUCAAGGACCACAAGAGAUCGCCUACAAGCGGGUCAACAGUUGGUUUUCUCAGAGCUGAGUGAAAUCUUCCAGGGAGUAGUGGACACUUUCAGGAAAUGUACUGGGAGUAGUUACCCAAAAAGCUACAUAAGAAUGGCGCAACAGCUGAUCGCGGAGUGCCCUACGCUGAGCGCGUGCCUUGAAUUGGACCACUCCAGUACCGUGGACAUCCUGACAGUGAAACUCCGCAACAAAUUCACCAACUCUCGGAAACGUUCCUUGAGUCCAUCGGUGCAGGAGCGGAAAGCCAAGAGGAAGGCCUCUCUCAUCCCCACACAAGUUCCAGGACUGCCCAACUACUAUCCAGUGGUCGUUGAUGAUCUGGUUACUACGGAGAGAAAACUCAACAUGCUCCGACAUGGCGACGUCGACAGGGAUCAGCGCGCCGCCCUCGUGAAGGAGACGCUGCCGGCGAGGCGUUCCGAAAUUCUGGGAGGACCCGGAAAGAAACCCCAGAAUAUCUCAAGCCUCAAGAAAAGGUUCCCGUUCAUGUUUGGUGCAGAGGAGCUCUGGAAGGAGAUGGAGCUGCUGUCAGGACAAGUUGGCCUGAGGGAGAAGUUCAGCGAAGGUCUGAAAACGUGGCUAGCGGGCAUCAUGGCCCAAACGGAAUGCAGACGCGAGGACGCUGCCGAGACGUUGCUCCGACUGAUCGACCAAGAAGAAGUGAUCAUCCGGGACGAGGAGGGAGCUGCCUACCCGCACGUCCAGGAGGCCCCGGAAGGGGAAUGGUCUGUACUGGUGGAACGCACCGAGGUGGCCAGGUGCAGUACACUGGAGGAGGCGCUGCUGCUGGUCGGCGUGAGCUUCUACGUGUUCAACCAGAAGCCUCGCACCAAGUACAAGACCCUCGUCUGGUUUCUGCACAACGAGGUUUUUGGAAUGAGGAGCGAUGAGAUUAAACCGAAGGGCGCCGCGCUGCAGAACCUGCUGAAGUGCAAGCCGCAAGAGUAACGCCGUCCACUGCCAUCUCAUGUACUCAUCUCAGAGGGCUGGUCGGCUGCGCGCCGCCAGCAUCGUCGGGCGCCGCGGUCACUUUUAGACGGAACGUUCGUGCGUCGUUGUCGUCGUGUUGUUUGCUGAUGCGCACUGUUGCGCCGCCGCAGUCGCGGCUGGGCCAUGCGCGCGCACGCAGGAGGCGAUUGCGCCGCCGCAGUUGCGGCUGAGCCAUGCGCGCGCACGCAGGCGAUUUAAGCGUCAGGGGUUCAGAAGUGCCUCGUUCCUCGAUUGUAGUUCCUAUGUUUCUGAUGUUUUUUUUUUCCAAGCGACGGUGGGAUGUACAUCGAUUGGUGCGGCGUGUGUACGUGCGCGUAUGUAGGUGUUCUCGCUGCACUGUGCAGCGUCGAGUCAGCAGGCGCCGCGGAAAACCAUUGCUCUUCGUGAAACGUCAUCCAAUAAAAAUCAGUCGACCUUUCUGAAA